AUGCCGGUCGAGGAGCUGCAGGCGGCGGCAGAGGAGGCUGACGCCGCUGAGGAGGAUGCGGAAGCGGCGGCGGCAGAGGAGGAGGGGGGCGUGCUUGAGGAAGGCGGGGAGGCAGAAGAGCCCAGCGAUGACGAAUGGUGGCGCCCUGGCCGCUUUGACGGGGAAGACUAUGAAGAAUGGCAUGCAGGAGACGAUUCUGAUCUAGGUGACAUUGUCGAUGACUAUGUGCUGGCACAUUACUUCUGUAGUACCUGUAAACCCUCAUUUCCCCUCUCGUCGCCCUCGUUUCCCUCCCCAUCGCCCACAUUUCGCUACCUGUCGCUCACAAUUCCCUCCAUCCUCCCUUCCUCUCAUCCGCCCUUCCUCUUGUCCGCCCUUCUCUCACAUCCUCUCUCCCUCUUAUCCGCCCCUCCUAUCGUCCUCAUUUCCACUCGUCCUCCCUACCCUUCUUUCGCCACGCGCCCUCAUCCGCCCUCCACCUCAUCCGCCUUCCCCCUCGUCCGCCCUCCCUCUCAUCCACCCUUCUUCUCGUCCUCCCUCCCCCUCAUCCAGCCUCCCCCUCAUCCGCCCUUCAUCUCAUCCUCCCUUCUCUCAUCCAACCUUCCUCGCAUCCCCCCUUCCUCUCAUCCUCCUUUCCUCUCAUACAACCUCCCUCUCAUCCUCCUCUCCUCUCAUCCGCCCUUCCUCUCAUCCGCCCUUCCUCUCAUCCGCCCUUCCUCUCAUCCGCCCUUCACGCUCUCAUCCUCUCUCCUUCUCAUCGUCUCUCCCUCUCAUUCGCCCUUCAUCUCGUCCUCCCCUCAACUCGUAUUCCCUCCCCUACUUCAGCCCCCUCCCCCCCUCAUCCGCCAUCCCUAUCAUCCACCAUUCCUCGCGUCCACCCUUCCUCGCAUCCUCCUGCCCUGCUUCCUUCCUCGCAUCCGCCCUUCCUCUCAUCCACCCUUCCUCCUUCUCUCCCAUCCUCUCUGCUUCUCAUACUCCCUUUCUCUCGUCCUCCCUUCCUCUCAUCCCCCCCUCCUCUCAUCCUCCUUUCCACUCAUCUCCCUUUCCUGUCAUCCUCCCAUCCCCACAUCCGCCCUUCCUCUCAUCCGCCCUUCUUCUCAUCCGCCCUUCUCUCCCAUCCUCUCUCCUUCUCAUACUCCCUUUCUCUCAUCCUCCCUUCCUCUCCCCUUCCAUUCCUCUCAUCCCCCCUUCCUCUCAUCCUCCUUCCCUCUCAUUCGCCCUUCCUCUCAUCCGCCCUUCCUCUCAUCCGCCCUUCGCGCUCUCAUCCUCUCUCCAUCUCAUCGUCUCUCCCUCUCUUCCUCCUUUCCCUCGUCCACCCUUCUUCUCGUCCUCCCUCCCCCUCAUCCGUCCUCCCCCUCAUCCGCCCUUCAUCUCAUCCUCCCUUCCCCUCAUCCGUACUUGCCCGUACUUGCCGUGAACAUCGACUCCGGUCCACGUCGCCGACCCCUCUCCUCCUCAUCAUCCUCGGAACCCUCCUCCCCAACCCUGAAUCCAAGCGUCAGCCGUCUCCGAGGAGUACGUCUCCACAAAGACAUGGCUGAUGAGGUGGACUGGUUUAGAGGGUCAGGCACUAAACAACAGGUCCGGAAGCACCCUGCCCUGUCAGAGUGGGGCACGGGAGGCGAGGAGAGAGGACCACCCCACCUGUCAGAGGGGAGCACGGGAGGUGAGGAGAGAGGAGCACCCCACCUGUCAGAGGGGAGCACGGGAGGUGAGGAGAGAGGAGCGUCCCACAUUCCAGAGUGGAGCACGGGAGGUGAGGAGAGAGGAGCACCCCCCUGUCAGAGGGGAGCACGGGAGGUGAGGAGAGAGGAGCGUCCCACAUUCCAGAGUGGAGCACGGGAGGCGAGAGGAGAGGAGCACCAUGCCCUGUCAGAGUGGACCACGGGAGGUGAGGAGAGAGGAGCACCCCACCUGUCAGAGGGGAGCACGGGAGGUGAGGAGAGAGGAGCACCCCCCUGUCAGAGGGGAGCACGGGAGGUGAGGAGAGAGGAGCGUCCCACAUUCCAGAGUGAAGCACGGGAGGCGAGAGGAGAGGAGCACCAUGCCCUGUCAGAGUGGACCACGGAAGGUGAGGAGAGAGGAGCACCCCACCUGUCAGAGGGGAGCACGGGAGGUGAGGAGAGAGGAGCACCCCCCUGUCAGAGGGGAGCACGGGAGGUGAGGAGAGAGGAGCGUCCCACAUUCCAGAGUGGAGCACGGGAGGCGAGAGGAGAGGAGCACCAUGCCCUGUCAGAGUGGACCACGGGAGGUGAGGAGAGAGGAGCACCCCACCUGUCAGAGGGGAGCACGGGAGGUGAGGAGAGAGGAGCACCCCACCUGUCAGAGGGGAGCACGGGAGGUGAGGAGAGAGGAGCUUCCCACAUUCCAGAGUGGAGCACGGGAGGUGAGGAGAGAGGAGCGUCCCACGUUCCAGAGUGGAGCACUGCAGGCGAGAGGAGAGGAGCACCAUGCCCUGUCAGAGUGGACCACGGGAGAGUGGAGCACGGGAGGCGAGAGGAGAGGAGCACCAUGCCCUGUCAGAGUGGACCACGCGAGGUGAGGAGAGAGGAGCACCCCACCUGUCAGAGGGGAGCACGGGAGGUGAGGAGAGAGGAGCGUCCCACAUUUCAGAGUGGAGCACGGGAGGCGAGAGGAGAGGAGCACCAUGCCCUGUCAGAGAGGACCACGGGAGGUGAGGAGAGAGGAGCACCCCACCUGUCAGAGGGGAGCACGGGAGGUGAGGAGAGAGGAGCGUCCCACAUUCUAGAGUGGAGCACGGGAGGCGAGAGGGCCUGCACCGAGGGCUUGGGCACGCGUGGGGAGGCGAGAGGAGCACGCAAGAUGAGGAGAGAGGAGCACGCGUGGGGGGGCGAGAGGAGCACACAAGGUGAGGUGAGAGGACCACGCGAGGGGAGGCGAGUGGAGCACGUGCAGGGAGGUGAGAGGAGGCUGCACGGGGAGGCAAGAGGGGCGGUAGAGGGGGGGUGA